UAUUCAUUCAUGUUGCAUCAUUGUUGAUCGCACGGAAAAACUGCAUGAUUAGAAAACCGCCCAGAAGCUGCGUAGAAAUCGAAACAUAUAUCACCGCUCCUAUUAAGCGCGAGGUGACAUUCCUGUUUUUAUACCCGCGGAACUUGUCGGCUUCAGUGAUAAAGCGCGCGGGCAUUGGGAGCGAGCGACCCCCGAAGAUAAAAGAACGCUCUCGCAGUCUCGCACCAUCACAGCUGGCAAAUGUCAAAGGAGACAGACAGUUAUAGAAACGCCCCUGGUCGGCUACAUGGAUAUCACAUAGACGCCAUUGUGAAAUCAACCAACGUCCUUUCCACAUCACUGUAACGGUUCUUGUCCGUUACAUAUCGGCAGCAGCAGACGAUGGAAACUUAGGAUGACGUCAUUGUUACAAAGUGAAAGUUUUUCGCGCCCAUUUCCGGAGUCCACUGCUGAGGACUGAAAGCAAAACACUCCAGGUUUUUCAACGGUGAAGUAUCAGGAGUAUUUCCUCACAAGUUACGAGGUCUGCGUGCAGAUGUAUAGCAGUCAGACGUGAUUGAGGUUCUCUGGAGAAAUGUCUUAAUUAAUUUCGCGUCUCGGAAUUCAUUAAGGCCGGCGGUUAUUGCGUUAAUCAGUUGGAUCGUCGAUUGGCAAGCAGGCCUGCGAUAUGGACGGCACUUGAAGUCUGCACACCAGCUUUGCUCUCGCCAUAUGGCUUCUGGCUGCUGGAAAAAUAUUGCUCCCAUCCCACUGCCGAUAAUCUUGACACAUUUCGAACAUCACUGAAGAAUUCUCUGAUUGCGUUGGAGCCCUGACAUUCUCCUCGUAAAUAUAACCAUAAGUGCCGCAGCCUGCGUGUGUUUUGUUCCUAUCGCCCUAGCACCGUGGUAAUCAGAACAGUACACAGACGGACGUUUGGAAAAUUUAGGAUUAUCUGCCUGAGAGGAGAAGCGAUCAAAACAAUAUUUUGAAGUGAAAUCAGCCGUGGUUCAAUUAAAUGGAGAUUUGAGUUAUGAUACGAGAGAGUGGCAAAUAUAAAGGCAUCAUUAGCCAUGCAUUGACAGGAGAGGACGCUUGCUGAGCUGGCUGCCUCGGCCCAGCGAGUAGAGGAAUUCCUGGCGGUGAUUUUUUUUUAUCAAUGACUGAUGUGCCUUUUAUGGUCCAUUUCGCACCGGGGAAGGACGAACGUGUUGUCAGUGCAACGUUGGAUCCCUGACGCAUGAACAUUGUUAUGAUUUCAGCUCGUGUCACUGGGCGCAAGAAUAACAACCGUGAGCACAGGCUCUGCAAUUAAAUGAAUUGGAAAAAAAAAAGAGGGAGAAAGAAUGGAAUGAAAAGAAUAGACUAGACAGUGUUAUGUUAGUCAUUUUUUCUACAGGAUGUAUGAACCAAGGACGCAGCCAGUUGUCACGGCUCUACGUAAUAUCAUGGAGGAAUAUUAUAUCCACGGAAUGCCUUUUACCAGUCCGUCUGCACAUUAAUAAUAUCCGACACAGCGGGCUGUCACAAACGAGUUGUACCGCAAUCUUUCGCCGGUCUGAAGGCGUUGCUUCAUGGUCAAGCACCCGGUGAUUUCUGUCAAGUUGGCUUGAUGUUGACAUCAUCCUUGAAGCCACAUCGAAGUGCCAACGGAUGACUGAAUCGUUCAGUAAAAGGGGGCUGCCCGCCGUUCAACCGCCUAGGUGAGUGUCAACACUUGUGUCAGCAUGGGCCAGCGAGCGGCCAAACAACAGAUCGAGAAGGGACUGAAGCUGUACAACAACACCAAACAGGAGCAGGCAGUACGCAAAUGGAAGGCAGCCCUGGGUAAAGUUGGAGACAAGAAACGCUUGAGGUUUAUCCUGUUGGGUCAUUUAGCCCUGGCUUACGGCGACUGGGGAGACUAUCGCGAGAUGUUGGGUUACUCCGUCCAGCAAAUCGAUAUCGCCAAUGAGCUGGAUGAAUUGGAACUCAGGGCCGAGGCUUACCUGAACCUCGCCCGGGCGAAUGAGAAGCUAUGCGAGUACCACAAAGCCAUGUCGUACGCCAGGCACAGCAUGAAUAACACCGCGUCACAGGAGGACCCUUUAGUGGGGCCGAUACACCUCUGCCUCGGCAAUGCCAAUCUGGGGUUCGGUCACUUCCAGCAGGCACUGGAAAACUUUGACAAAGCCCUAAAAAUGGCCAUCAAGAUCGGAGACAGGGGGUUGGAGUGCAACACCUACGGGGACUUAGCGGAGGUGUAUAUCAGCUUGAAGGACUAUGAUAAGGCGUUGAGGUACACGGUGAAAGCGAGUGAACUGGUGAGAUGUAGGGGCCAGGAGUGGAGCCCCAAACUACGGACGGUAGUGCAGCUGAAUCUGGCUACGCCUUAUCGGAAGCUGGGGAAGAUGGAUCUUGCCAUGGAUUACUGUGAGGAAGCAAUGAAAAUGGCCUUGCAACUGAAUGACCGUGCCAUCCAAGCUAGAUGCCUGUGUAUCUUUGCCGACAUUCACAGGAAGAGAGGCGAUUGUGAGAGGGCGUACCCACGCUACGAGUCGUCACUGAGUAUCGCUGUUGAAGCGGGAGACAGACUCGGCCAACUCCAGGUCCUUUCGGGAAUGGCCAAAACUUUAGUUCUGAUGAAGCAGUUUCAGAGGGCUCUUGACGUGAAUACCCAGGCAUUGGACAUCGCCACUUCAAUCGGAAACAAAAUGUCCAUGCUACGGUCCCACUGGCUGAUGCACCAGCUGUACCGUGCCUUAGGCAACCCCAAGGCGUCCCAGCAGCAUGCCUCGGCCUUCGAUGGCUACCUGAGGGAUCUGUCACUCUACUGCGGGGUGUGUCAUGAGGUCAUGGGUAGUCGACAUGACAGUCUGAAUGUCCUGACCUGCUGUCACAUCUUCCAUGCACGAUGUGCGGAAACAAGCAGCUUCAAAGCUAGGGGCUGUCCGAACUGCAAGAAGGUGUUGACAAUACCGAUAUUCGUCUGAAGAUGUUCAUCUCUGGCAUCUUCAAUUUUGAACCGAAAUCUUUCUUAAAAAGAAAGCGAGAACUAAUUGCCUGUGAAAUGGGAGAUAUCCUCUCCGGGCGGACGAAACACGACUGAAGUAAAGCAGCUGUAUUGAAGAAUGUUUGGAUGUAUGGUCUUCUUGGCCACCUAGCGGCAGCAUGGUGUCAAGUCCCCGCGGGAGGGCUUGACAACUGAAGAGCACUUUCGAUCAAGAACUAUAGGGCAAUGAUAAUUUGACUUCGUCUCAACGAACUCGCACUAUAGUGGCAUCCUCGCUAGCCGGAGUAGUCUUACUCCUGUAUGUCUUUAAGACGGUAUAUCGGGGCAAACAGAAUCCACACAUUUACUGUUUUGACAUCGCGCGAUUAACUAAAGGUCAAACUUUUGUUACAAAAAGCUGACCACCACACGAACUCAGUUUCGGUAGGGUCGGACAACCGUCCCUAAGCCUCGCGAUACAUACUGGGUUUUGGCUGCCAUAGGGUGGGUAGGCCAUGAUGCAGCACGGGUUCUGGCCCAACCAGUCUUCACUCCAACAAAGACAAUGGCAUCCACAAGGCACUGAAUGGAAAUUCUAUGGUGUCUGCGACAAAAUCCUCGAAAUUUCGUGCUCAUACGUAAUACGUAUACAGAACGAUUUUUUGGUCGCCUAAGCAAUUUGCAACAAAGGCUACACGUCUCCUAUUGGCUAACAAGCUCCAGAAAAAAAUGAUCUCUUAAAUAUCCAGAAUCCUGAAUAUUCAGUGCGAAGGGAACGUCACAAUGUCUACGCAGACAAUCUGAUUGCCUAACGGCGAGUGUCAAAAUAGUAAAUUAGUGGACUUGGUUUGCCAGGGUAGUCUACGAAAUGGCUAGCAUGGACUGUUAGUUGAAAAUGGUUGGACUAGUCUAGUAUACUAGUCAGCAACUAUGGUACCGAGAUAAUAGAACAGUUAUUGGUCGAUCGUAAUGCCCGGAUGUUAAAAGCCACGUGAGUCAGCUGAAAGCAAAUUCUUUUAAUAAAUAAAGACCACGACAAUUGACCAAAUUUUCUAAUUUCAAAUUUGUAUAUGUAGAUCAGUUUUAUAAAAUUACUGAAUUGUUUCAAAUAUCUUAUAAUUAUAAUUUAAAUUGGUUCUGCGGAAGGAACUAGAUUAGUUAACAUAAAUGCAUGCAGGCCUAUCGUUUUAAUUCAUGUUCAAUGUUGGUACAUCAAAUAAAACGAAAACUAGGAACGACAUUGA